AUGUCAAAAACCCAGAAAUUUUCUAUUGAGGCAACGCGCGAAAGCGACUUUCCAAAGUGGUACAAAGAGACCGUGACAAAAAGCGAAAUACUGGAAUAUCAUGAUAUAAACGGAUGCUACGUUCUCAGACCAAAUGGGUUUUUUAUAUGGAACACAAUAAAAAACUACUUCACAGGCAAAAUCGAUGGUCUGGGCGUCAAGGAGGCAUACUUCCCCAUGCUUGUGUCAAAAGCAGUGCUGGAGAAAGAAAAAGAUCAUUUGGAAAACUUUGCGCCUGAAGUGGCAUGGAUCACAGAAUGUGGUGGAAAGCCUUUGGAGAACCCAGUGGCAAUCAGACCCACGUCAGAGACAAUUAUGUAUCCAUACUUCUCCAAGUGGAUACAGAGCUACAGAGACCUGCCCCUCAAGCUCAACCAGUGGUGCAAUGUGCUGCGAUGGGAAACCACACAGACCAUGCCUUUUAUCCGGGGAAGAGAGUUUCUAUGGCAGGAGGGGCACACAGCCCAUCUGACUCGUGAGGAGGCGGACAAAGAGGUGUUUGAGAUUCUUGGCUUCUAUGAGAGUGUGUACAGAGAGCUUCUUGCAGUUCCUGUCAUAAAGGGAAUGAAGAGUAAGAAAGAAACCUUCGCUGGCGCUGACUUCACCACAACUGUAGAGGUCUUUAUUCCACACACAGGAAAGGGAAUCCAGGCAGCCACGUCGCAUUCUCUUGGAACAAACUUCUCCACCAUGUUUAAUGUAACAGUGGAAGAUCCAAAGGCUCCAGGAUGCUUUAUGCCUGUUUUCCAGAACUCAUGGGGGCUUAGCACCAGAAGCAUUGGUGUGGCCAUUCUAGUGCACUCAGACAACCGAGGCCUUGUGCUUCCCCCAAAGGUUGCAUCUACACAGGUCGUUAUCGUUCCCUGCGGGCUGUCUAAGAACACGCCAGAGGAGGAAAAGCAAAAGAUCCUUGAUGAGGCAUCCAGAAUUGAAAAAGCACUUAACGCACAGGGCGUGCGUGCUCAGGCAGACUUGGCUCUAAAUGUCACGCCAGGACACAAGUUUAACCACUGGGAGGUAAGAGGAGUUCCUCUUCGUAUUGAGAUCGGGCCCAAGGACCUGGCAAACAAUCAAGUGUGCUUCGCAUGGCGCAUGGAUAAGACAAAGAAGAGCGUGCCACUUGAAAACAUUGAGAAGGCAGUGCAGGAGGAGCUGGAUGCAAUCCACGAGACAAUGUACCACAACGCAAAGCUUCUUCAAGAGACUUCCAUGCUAAAGGGGUCUACAAUGGAGGAUCUAAAUGCAGCACUCCGUGGCGGAAAGAUGUGCACCAUGGUGUGGUGUGGGUCAGUAGAGUGCGAAGACGCAAUCAAGAAGAUGACAGAAGAGAGAGAUAAGAACAAUGUUGUUGCAGCAGCAGGUGCAAAGUCCCUGUGCAUUCCCUUCUCCGAGAACAAGCCAUCUGGUGCGUGCAGCGUCUGCCCAUCAGAGGCCACCUGCGUUGGUCUUUUUGGUAGAUCAUACUAG